CACAGAAUUAAGGGAACACACACAAGAUUUCACGCGUGGAAGUUUACAGAGUUUACUCAAAUUAUUUACGUUGACGCCGAUUACAUAUUGAUGACCAAUAUUGAUGAACUUUUUCAAAUCACAGAACAUUUUGCCGCCGUCCCUUGCUCCAGACCUGGUGUUGUGGACCUUUGUUUCAAUGCAGGCCUUCUGGUGAUCAAGCCAGAUUUGAAAACCUACCAAAGAAUCAUGAAACUGUGGCGGGAAACAACAGAAAAAGACACCUGUCCAAAUGAUCAGGUCUUGCUCAAUAAUUUUUAUUCACCUGGUGGCUGGAAAGCAAUUCCCUACGCUUACAAUAUUAGGCGAUUCGUCUUUAGGCCUUUGAAGUCAUUCCAC